GAACUGAACUUUCUUUUGUAUCCGUGGGAGUUGGAAGUCUUGAGGCUCGGUCCCGGAUCCGGUCUUGCGGAUGCAAUCUUGAUCCAUUCACACCAAUCUAAUCGACAUAUUCGAAUGAACCAUUGUUGCAUUUCGAAUAAUGAGGAGAACUUGAAAAAAGUGUCACGCGCACCUCUCUUUUCAUGCCGGCGUCAAAAUCGCCAAGGCAUGUAAGUGUUGAUUUCGAAACGGACCAAUAGCGUAACAAUUGAACCGCGAGGUGCUCGCUGUUUAGAGGAUUGCGGCAUUUUUUGGGAACGCUAGCGAUUUGCGUGUGGAUAGGACCACAGUUGGAUUUAUUUGAGAGUUAGUUGACCAAAGCGUUUUUCUUUUUUGCUUGCUUGUCUCUGUUGCUCUUGGUUGGUUGUUGGUGUCCAUCGUCUACUACAACCAGUUAGUGCACUACUACUUACUGCACUCCCAAUAGAAUAGAUUGACCAUGAGGAGAUCAUCAUCAUCAUCAUUACAACGGCUGUGUCUGUUGUUGGUCCUUUGUGUGUCAUGCGCAUUGGCGGCCAAAAAGCAUACUAAUAAGAGAGGAGCUGUCUCGCCUCUCACAAAGAGAGCAUUGGAAGACAAUGGGUAUCAGUACUUGGAGGACUUGAGUUCGUAUCAGAUGGAAUUUGGGAAAUGCGUGCGCGUCAAGGUGCCGGACGAUGGCGACGACGAAGGCAAUUCGUACUUUUACAAUGGCAAAUACUACGCGCAGUACCAGCAAUUUGCCAGUGUCUAUCUCUGCGAGAACGAGUACUCGUCGUCUGAAAAUGUGUGUGGCGUUUGCGACAAGACGCAAGAGUACGUGACGGAUCUAGCGACCUAUCUGGAAACCUCGUUGGAAUAUGCCGCAUUGAUGUGUCAGAGCUGCAGUGCCAAGUGUCAGAAUAGAAGACAACAAAAGCGAAAACAACGACAAUUGGACGAAGAUGAGCAAGAAGAAGAAGAAGAAGUCGAGUACAUCAAUGUGGACUGUAAUCACUGUGUCGACAUUUGCGCCAAUAUGAACUUUAACUACAUGGACAAUGACAAUGACAACCAAGACAACAACAAUAAUGGUGGAGAUGCUGCCUAUGGCGACGAGACCCAGUACUUGGAAUGUCAAGAAGCCUUUCAGGAUGAAGAUGGCAUUCAGAUCUAUGCCGGACCUCAGUGCAACAGUGAGGGUGACAUUAAGAUUGGAUUCUACUAUGACGAUGAAUGUACGGUCAAAUCCAGUUCUGCCACGAUGGACUUUGGAUUCGAGUAUGGCACUUUUAGCGGCAUUCAAACCAUGUGUUUGAGUUGCAACCCGUACGGCGACGGCGCCAAUGACGAUGUCUGUCAAGAAUUGUAUCAAGACUCGACGCACUGCUCCAAUGGCCGCAAUCUAGCGGGAGGAGAUGACGAAGAUGAAAUGCCCAUUUGCAAAACACUCCUCAAAGCAUACAAGGAAAAAACGUAUGGACAUCGAAAACGCAACCGCCGAGUGGUCGAAAUCAUUGUGGCCGUCGUUGUGGCGGUUGGAUUCUUGUGGGGAUUCCUCACGUUGAGUUACACGUACUUUUUGAGACACCGUGCCAACAAGGACAAGCGAGAACCGCUCACGGACAAUGACUACAGUGAACCAGAGGUGGUGGUCACGCAAAACAACGUCCCGGCUGUCAGCUAAACAUCUUCUGCACUCAAUCAAAUCCAAAACCAAACAAACAAAAAAGGAGUGAGAGGUGUAUGCUUGGUUUGACUGGAGCGAAUCUUUGUGGGCAUCAUUCAUCACUUGUCAUUUUCCCUUCUUUAGUGUCGGUUUUAGCACACACAAUGUCACUCAUUACAUACAACAAUAGUGUCAGUUUCUAGAUAUCCUUUAUCUUGUCGUGUCUAUCAAUAUCUUGUCUUCUGUACCGGUAUCAGAUCAAUAAGCUUUGACCUCUAGCUAGCUAGAGUUUCCGUUUUGUCAUGUCCAGCAGCUAGAGCUAGCUGGCUUGCUAACCUAACCGUGAAGGCAUAAUUGUAAACUACGAGACUAGUCUAGCUAGAGUCUAUGAGUACUGUAGAGUUUCCUUCGUCAUUGGAAUCUCAUUCUCUUUAGCACUACUUCGCCAAC